AUGGUCAAGUGUCGUCGAGUUAAAAGUAAAUCAUUUGUUGCUGAACCGCCCUCCUUACCCGCUGACCGUGUUAAAGAUGCAGCAGUAUUUGAAGUAGUUAGUGUGGACUUAGCUGGUCCUCUGUACUUAAAGCGAGGUGAUAAGUCUUGGAUUGUAAUCUAUACAAGGGCCCUUUUUCGAGCGGUGCGUCUUGAACUAGUUGCUUUUCUUUCCGCUGAUUCAUUUUUGUUAUCAUUUCAACGUUUUGUAGCCAGAAGAGGUAUACCUCGCAUAAUAUAUUCUGAUAACGGAACAAAUUUCCGAGGUGCUUACAACGAGUUAGCGGCUGCCGAUUGGAAUGAAGUUUCACGAUAUUCCGAAGUACAACGUAUAACCUGGUAG